AUGAAGUGUCGUUUGUUGCAGCAUGGUCACAAGUAUUCUUGCUUCGAUUUUCAUAGACAACAUUUGCGUCCUGACCAUCCAUUCAGACAAGACAAGAAGAACUUCAUGAAAGGUGAAGUCGUUGAACACUCGGCACCACCUGAGAUGACGGGUGAACAAAUUCGUGAUCAACUAAAUGCUCUCCAGCCUGAUCCCAAAUGUCCAGGGUAUUUCUUGGGAUAUAACAAAGAACAGGCGUGGACUCAUAAGCCAUGCUUAUGGGAUCUCCCCUACUUCCACCAGCUCGAGCUUCCACAUAAUAUUGAUGUCAUGCACACUGAAAAUAAUAUCACCGAUGCCAUUUUUGGCACAUUGUUCAACAUUGCUGAGAAGACGAAGGAUAAUACUAAUGCUAGACUUGAUGUAAUGAAGCUAUGUGAUAGACCCGAACAAAACUUGCGACAACCCGAGGGCAAGAAAAACUGGAGGACGCCAAAGGCGUGGUUUGUUCUUACUAGGGAACAAAAGGAGGAGAUACUCAUGUGGUUCAAAACUUUGUUGUUCCCUGAUGGGUAUGCAGCGAACCUUAUGAGGGCAGUGAAUCUUGAUAAAUUGAAGCUCAACGGGAUGAAGAGUCAUGAUUGGCACAUAUGGCUUGAGCAGUUAAUGCCGGUGAUGAUUCGAGGCUAUAUCUCUGAGGAUGAUUGGGAAGUAUUGGCAGAGCUUAGAUAUUUCUUUCGUGUUCUUUGUGCUAAAGAAGUAUCUCCUACUGUGAUAGAUGAGAUGGAAGAACGGGCCCCCGAGUUGCUCUGCAAGCUAGAGAAGAUCUUUCCACCAGGAUUCUUUAAUCCGAUGGAACAUAUGAUUUUACACCUCCCUUCCGAGGCAAGAAUGGGUGGCCCUGUGCAGAAUCGUUGGUGCUAUGGACUUGAGAGAAUGCAGAAGACUCUUCGAGCUAAAUGUAGAAAUAAAUGUAGAAUUGAAGCCUCCAUAGCCGAGGCAUUCUUGGCGGAGGAGAUUACAAACUUCACGACAUCACACUAUGCGGCCAAUAUUCCAAGCUUGCAUAAUGCAAAGUCUCGAUACAAUACUGGCGACCCUAAACAUGAAUCCAAGCUCAGCCUCUUCAAAGGGCAACUCGGACCUGUGGGUGCUUCUGGUUCAAAGAAUUUGGAUCCGAAAGAGUGGAAAUCGCUUACGUUGUAUAUCCUCACCAACCUUCAAGAAGUGCGGCCGUACAUUGAUGAAUUCAUUGCCCAAUUCUCGAAUGGAGGGGUCGAGCAUGAUUCACUCGAAGAGUAUGAGCUUCUUGCUGGUGAAGGAGACGGCAAUUAUGGUUUCAUUUCUUGGUUCAGAGAAAAGGGUACGCCAAUAUUGGACAAAGAGUUGAAACAAGUUGCUAAUGGGUUUGACUAUAAGGCAACACAAGUUUUUUAUCUCAAGUACGCAUGCCAAAAGAAGUACCUUAAGGGUUGGGAUGUCGUGUACGAUGUGCCGCCACAUGGUAAACAUCCUCCCCCCAGUGAAGAGGAUUAUCAACCUCACAUCGACCCUGACACAUAUGAUGGAGAAUUCUUCCAAGAAGAACAUGGGCCUAGAGUCCGUCUCAACAUCCAUCCACGCAUGGAAGUACACAUUGACAGUGAAGAAGAAGAAGUCGAAGAGGAAGAAGAAGAGGUUACGAACGUGGAAGACCUCUCAAUGCUUGAAUGGUUACGUCUAGGAAUUGCCGAUGAAGGUGACGAUGACAGUCAACAUGAGGACAACAUCCUUGAUGACACGUACGAUAGUGAUGAUGAGGCUAGAACUGACCUUGAAGAAGAGACGGAUUGUGAUCCAGAUGAUCCCGACUAUUUUUAG